UACGUGGGCGGCAUGACCUUCAGACUCUUCGCCGAGGCUGAGAAGCUGAAGGAGACGGCUGGCCAUGCAGUCGUGGCUUCUGUCGGCGCGGACGCGGCACUGAACCCUGAGAGGGAGAUUGACUUGACCAAGAACGUGGUGGCUUGGACAGUGCCGCCCGAGAACGCCCAGAAGAUGGUCACCACGCUGAGGGAUCAGAUCGCCGAGGGCACAGAGAAGUCCGACGUGGCGAUGGCGAGGAACAUUCCGACAUGGAACGGCUGCCAGGCCAAGGUCAACUUUCCAGAGACAGAUUUCGGGUUCGGCGAGAACUCGCCUGCUGGAAGUGGCCCGUUCGUGGCCACCGCAAAGAAGAACGCCGUCCGCAUUGGGCCGUCUGCGUUCCCAUUGGUAGGUUGGCAGGGCUACGUUUAUCCAGUGAAGGGUAAUCUCAUCGCGUUCCUCUUCGAGAUAUCCGAGGUCUUGAGCUCGGGCAUCGCCCUGAAGGACAUGAAGAAGUCCUUGUCGACAGCGACGGCCGAGCAGUUCUUCGAGACGAGUGUGCGAGCAGUGUAUUUACCAGUUGGCACGUGUUUGUCGACGCCGAUUGGCACGUUCGCGGUCCCCCUCUUCUACUCGGACGCCAAGACGCAGAAAGCAGAUGCGACAGCAGACUGGGCCCAUUUCAUCCACAUGCCAGUCUUCGCGCACCCGCCCAAGCCAGUCCACAAGAGCGUCUUGACGGGGAUGAACGACAUCAUCACAGCUCACAUGGCGCCGCUGACGAACGAGAUGUGGGUCUCCAGGAAGAACUACUGGGCUACGUUCUACAGUGGCCUGAUCAAGGAAACUUCGGAGUCGAGCUGA